GUAAGUAAUAACUUACCCAAAGUUUUCCAAGAGUAAUUGAGAGAGUCAACAACUGAGUCUCUCCAUAAACGAUUCCCCGAUCCUUUCUUUUGAUCCUUCCCAUGCAAUUUCUCACUUUUCCUUCUCUAUAAAUUGACCCAUAUGUUCCCAUACUCUUAAAACAUCAAUCUUGUUAAAUUUACUGCAAUUUGAAGCAGCAUUAUAAGAAAGCUUGCCAAAAAUGGUGGUUGCAGGGCCAGGUUUCGGUGGUGGUGGCAAGUUAAGCAUGAAAAGCUUCGCCGUUCAGGUCCUUACAGGGCCAUGGCUAAUCUUUUUCGGGUCAGUGUUGAUCAUGUCCGCUGCUGGUGCCACCUACAUAUUCAGCCUCUACUCCAGUGAGAUUAAAAAAUCAUUAGGAUAUGAUCAAACGACCCUCAAUCUGCUUAGUUUCUUCAAGGACGUAGGCUCCAACGUCGGUGUCCUCGCCGGCCUGAUGGCCGAGGUGACGCCGCCAUGGUUCGUGCUAUCGGUCGGGGCGGUCCUCAACUUCUUCGGCUACUUCAUGAUGUGGUUGGCCGUCACCAAACGGAUAGCUAGGCCUCAAGUUUGGCAGAUGUGUUUGUACAUUUGCAUCGGUGCCAACUCUCAAGCGUUUGCUAACACGGGGUCUCUUGUCACCUGCGUCAAGAAUUUCCCGAAAAGCCGAGGCGUCGUGUUGGGGAUACUUAAAGGUUACGUUGGACUCAGUGGUGCCAUCCUCACUCAGUUGUACCAUGCCUUUUAUGGCGACGACUCAAAGGCCUUGAUAUUGCUUAUUGGUUGGCUACCGGCAGUCAUUUCGAUUUGUUUCGUCGGUACAAUUCGGAUCAUGAAGGUGGCUCACCAGGGUAACGAGGUCAAAGUUUUCUAUAAAUUCCUUUACAUUUCUCUUGGCCUUGCUUCUUUCUUGAUGAUCAUCAUCAUUUUCGAGAAAAAAUACUUCUUCACAAGGCCUGAAUAUGGUGGCAGUGCCGCCAUGGUAGCUUUCUUGCUGUUUUUGCCACUUGGUGUUGUGAUCAUGGAAGAAUACAAGCUUUGGGUGGCCAAAAACAAGGCCUUAAAUGACCCUUCGCCAUUGAAAAUUGUCACUGAGAAGCCAAGUUCCGAGGCCGUAACACCUUCGUCAUCAACCGCGGCAACGGUUUUAUCCGAGUCGAGCAACGAUCAAGCCGAUGUCUCCUGCUGGAAAACAGCAUUCAAUGCGCCCAAUAGAGGAGAUGACUACACAAUUUUGCAGGCACUUUUCAGCCUUGACAUGAUCAUUCUUUUCUUAGCAACAACUUGUGGUAUAGGGGGUACCUUAACAGCAAUUGACAAUUUGGGGCAAAUUGGGACCUCCCUAGGGUACCCAACAAGAAGCAUAAGUACAUUUGUAUCCCUUGUGAGCAUAUGGAAUUAUUUGGGCAGGGUUGUAGCAGGUUUUGUCUCAGAAUUUUUCUUGAUGAAGUACAAGUUUCCUAGGCCCCUAAUGCUCACCUUAAUCAUGCUGGUCUCUUGUGUUGGUCACCUUUUGAUAGUUUUCGAUGUCCCUGGAGGCGUUUAUGUUGCAUCGGUCAUCAUUGGAUUUUGCUUUGGGGCUCAAUGGCCAUUACUUUUUGCUAUCAUUUCUGAAAUUUUCGGCCUCAAAUACUAUUCAACUUUGUACAAUUUUGGGUCAGUGGCAAGCCCAGUUGGGUCAUAUUUGCUUAGUGUGAAAUUGACUGGGAAUGUGUAUGAUAAUGAAGCUAGGAAGCAAAUGAAAGCUUUGGGGAUUUCAAGGAAUGAUGGUGAAGAUCUUGAUUGCCAUGGGGUCGAGUGUUUCAGAUUGUCAUUCAUUAUCAUUACAGCAGUCACAGUGUUUGGCACUUUUAUUUCAUUUCUUUUGGCUUAUAGGACAAGGAAAUUUUAUAAGGGUGACAUUUACAAAAAAUUUAACGAAGAUGCAAAAAUGGUCAAGACGGAAAUGUCGUCCACCAUAAAUACAGAUGGAUUGCCAGAGGUAAAAGCAGCCGAAAAUGGCAUCAAUCAUGCGGAGGGAAAAGGUGCUGGAAACAGCCUUGGACCGGAGGAGAUAAAGGCAGGGUAGGGUUGUGUUACUAUUUAAAACCUCUAACAAGUAUAUGAUAGGUUUUCUUUGUGUUUUUCAUAUAUAUAGAUUUUCUUUAUACAUAUAGUUUUUGUUAGGUAUGCAAACCCAAAAGGAGUUGUAUUAUAAAUUUUACAUGGUUUUGAAUAAGAACAAUCGAGGUUUGACAA